CCACACGAGUCGCGUCGGGGGUUGGUGGCGGCGGCGGGCGUGCGCUCACCGGCCAUCACCUCCUCUCUAUUUCUUCCUCCCCCGUCCGCCCCACCAACCGCAGCUAAGCCAACCCGCCCCAAUCCCGACACACCACGCGCCCCCACCCCCACCAACCCACCACCGCGGCAUCGGCAAUGGCUGCCAUGGCCUCCAAGGCGGCCGCGGCCACCGUGCCGCUGGACCUCGCCGCCCCGGCCUUGUCGCGCAGACACCGUCUGAACUCGGCGCGGCCGUCCGCCCGCCCCGCCGCCGGCGGGCUGCGGAUGCGGGGGCGCGGGCGCCGCGCGGCGGUCGUGGUCGCGGCAGCGGCGGCGGCGGCCCCGGCGAAGGCGGGCGCGGAGGAGGUCGUGCUGCAGCCCAUCCGGGAGAUCUCCGGCACCGUGAAGCUGCCCGGCUCCAAGUCGCUCUCCAACCGGAUCCUCCUGCUCUCCGCCCUGGCCGAGGGGACAACUGUGUUGGAUAACCUGUUGAACAGUGAGGAUGUCCACUACAUGCUCGAGGCCUUGAAAGCCCUUGGACUCUCUGUGGAAGCAGACAAAGCUGCAAACAGAGCUGUAGUUGUUGGCUGUGGUGGCAAGUUCCCAGUCGAGAAGGAUGCGAAAGAGGAAGUUCAGCUCUUCUUGGGGAAUGCUGGAACUGCAAUGCGGCCAUUGACAGCAGCUGUAACUGCUGCCGGUGGAAAUGCAACUUAUGUGCUUGAUGGAGUGCCAAGAAUGAGGGAGCGACCCAUUGGCGACUUGGUUGUUGGAUUGAAACAGCUUGGUGCGGAUGUUGAUUGUUUCCUUGGCACUAACUGUCCUCCUGUUCGUGUCAAGGGAAUUGGAGGUCUACCUGGCGGCAAGGUUAAGCUCUCUGGCUCCAUCAGCAGUCAGUACUUGAGUGCCUUGCUGAUGGCUGCUCCUUUAGCUCUCGGGGAUGUGGAGAUUGAAAUCAUUGAUAAAUUAAUCUCCAUUCCUUAUGUCGAAAUGACAUUGAGAUUGAUGGAGUGUUUUGGCGUAAAAGCAGAGCAUUCUGAUAGCUGGGACAGAUUCUACAUCAAGGGAGGUCAAAAAUACAAGUCCCCUAACAAUGCCUACGUUGAAGGUGAUGCCUCAAGUGCGAGUUAUUUCUUGGCUGGCGCUGCAAUCACUGGAGGGACUGUGACUGUUGAAGGUUGUGGCACCACCAGUUUGCAGGGUGAUGUGAAAUUUGCUGAGGUACUCGAGAUGAUGGGAGCGAAGGUUACAUGGACUGACACUAGCGUAACUGUUACCGGUCCACCACGUGAACCAUUUGGGAGGAAACAUCUAAAAGCUAUUGAUGUCAACAUGAACAAAAUGCCUGAUGUCGCCAUGACUCUUGCUGUGGUUGCCCUCUUUGCUGAUGGCCCAACUGCUAUCAGAGACGUGGCUUCCUGGAGAGUAAAGGAGACCGAGAGGAUGGUUGCGAUCCGGACCGAGCUAACAAAGCUGGGUGCGUCGGUUGAGGAAGGGCCGGACUACUGCAUCAUCACACCACCGGAGAAGCUGAACGUGACGGCGAUCGACACCUACGACGACCACCGGAUGGCCAUGGCCUUCUCCCUCGCCGCCUGCUCGGACGUGCCGGUCACUAUCCGGGACCCCGGGUGCACCCGCAAGACCUUCCCCGACUACUUCGACGUGCUGAGCACUUUCGUCAAGAACUGAGCGGAGUGCCUGAAAAGAGCCGGAUUGAAGCGAUCUCGUUACGAGUCUCUCCAUGUGAUGAGGAAAUUCGACUUUUCCUUCUCUUCCACGAGAUGAGUUUUGGGUCUGUAAUACUUUUUUUGUAGCACGUCAUUGUGAUAGAAGUCUUGUGAUGUAUUGUACACUAAAUUUGAUCGAAAAUCUUUCACGUAUUCGGAAUAAGAAAUAAACCACGCUUCGGUGGUUCUGAUGUUUUCCUA